UGUAAACGCUGGACUGGGGAAACAUGUGAAAGGGAUCGAACUUCAACAGGCUCCCACUCGCAGGUUGGCUCGACCUCAGCGGAAGUUCACCGGGAUGUUUGUGUCUUAUUCUCACUGAGCUCCAGGGACGUGAAGCGGUGGCUCCUGCUCCUCUUAGCGGGCUGUCAGUGCCUGGUGACCGGGGUCCGCUGCUCCUCUUAGCGGGCUGUCAGUGCCUGGUGCCCGGGGUCCGCUGCUGUCAAACCCGGGCUGACAUGGAGCAGUCUCCCCGGGGACGGACGGACUGAAAACAGAAGUCUUCCACGAACUAAAAGCGACGACCAACAAACGGACUAACUUUCCCCCUUUUUUUUUUUGUGUUUGUUUAAAAACGAGUUGCCCGCUUCUUGGAGGAACCGAUGCAGAAGUGCAACUCCUCCGGGCCCCAGGGCACCACGCUGCCCCGGGACGCGGAGCUGCAGCUGCGGCUGGCGGACGGCGGAGGGCCCGGGGACGGGAUGGAGAACGGAGCCGGGAGACACUUCCUCCGGAGUCCCACCGAGGAGGACAGCUCGUUCUGCACCAAGAGGAAGAUGCUGGUCUGGCUGGAUUUAAUAUGUCUCAUUGUCGCCUCCAUCCCAUUCUUUGCAUGCGAGCUGAAGGCCGUGACUCCGUACAGACGUGGCUUCUUCUGCGGAGACUCCAGCAUCACCUAUCCCUACGAGAAGAAAGACACCAUCACUGACACCAUGCUCAUCGCCGGCGGUAUCAUCAUCACCGGCUUAACGAUUGCUCUGGGCGAGUGCUACCGGGUCCGGUUCCGAGGCGUGCACUCGCGGGCGUUUGUCCGAAACCGCUACGUGUCGUGUCUGUACAAGGAGCUGGGCAGCUUCCUGUUUGGUUGCUGCGUGGGUCAGUCGCUCACCAACAUGGCCAAACUGAGCGUGGGACGCCUGCGGCCCAACUUCCUGUCGGUGUGCAACAUCACCUACGCGUCCAUCAACUGCACUGUGGGCAGCUAUGUGCCCGAGGUCACCUGCAGGAUCACUAACCAUAAGUUGGAGGAGGAGGCGAGGAAGUCUUUUUUUUCUGGCCAUGCUUCCUUUGCAAUGUACACCAUGCUCUAUUUGGCAUUCUACCUACAGGCGCGGUUGUCAUGGCGAGGAGCCCGGCUGUUGCGCCCGCUGAUCCAGUUCCUCUUAGUGAUGAUCGCUGUCUACACCGGCCUGACCCGCAUCUCAGACUACCGCCACCACCCGAGCGACGUCCUCACGGGCUUCAUCCAGGGAGGCCUCACUGCGUACUGGGUGGCGUUCCACAUCUCCUCCAUGUUUAAGCUCCGCUGCGCCCGUUCAGACAUGUCUCCCACCAGCAUGUCCCUGGAGAGUCCGCUGUCCAGCCAGCAGACCGUCUGCUAGCAGGACCAGAGGACCAGAGGACCAGAGGACCAGAGGACCAGAGGACCAGAGGACCAGAGGACCAGAGGACCAGAGGACCAGAGGACGGGCGAGCAGCGGAGAGGAGAGAGAGAGAGAAAUGUUUUAAGAAAGGGAAUUAUUCUUAGAUACAAGUGAUGGAGUACAAUCUACACAUGCAUGCUCCUGUGGGCAAACUGACACACAACAUACACCCACACUGUAAUCUAACAUGCACACACACACACACACACACAUGAAAUUCAAAAAGCACAUAUGACUGUGAGUCGAACCCGUCCAGUGAAAAGAACUGCAUAGUGAUAUUAGACAUAUUUUUUAUAUAUGAAAAGCAAAAAAUAAUAAAAAUGUCUAUUUUUCAACAGCUGCUAAUAAUAAUAAUAAUACUAGUUCCUAGUUUGAACUUGUUUUCUUCUGUGAUGGAGGCGUCUUGUGUUUGUGACCCUCUGUCUCCGCCCGGGGAACUCGACCCUGUGAACCGAGACCAUCACACCUCGGAUGUUAGGAGAUCGCCACCGGCUUCAACUCGUAACCGUCUUUACCUUCAGUGGCCCCCCCGAUGUGCCGCUGCUCUGAUCACACUGCAUCGCUCAACAAUAACCUGUAUGUAAGAAAGCAGCAUUUAUGCUGUGUCACCAUGGUAACCAGGGCAGUGGCAGGAGGAGGAGUCAGGUAGCUCCACCCCCUCUUCGCUGCCACUUCUCUCUACUAACCACUUUGACUGUGUCUCAGAGGUGGAGGCUCGACUGAAUUUUAACCUUUGACCUUUGCCCCUGGACUCUGAGCUGCACCUUGAUUUAUGCCACUCUGACAGGAGAGCCGCCCCCCCCCCCCCCCACCGGGCCCUCCUGUGCAUCUUUAUUAAUAGCACUUGAACGUACAUAAUGGAACCUUCUUAUUAUAAUCAAUAUUAUAUAUUUUAUCACAAGUUUGAAUAAUCAGUGUUUAUUUUUUAUUAAUGUCAGACUCAUACACUAUAUUUGUCUUGAUUUUCCUUCCUGAAAUGAUAAUUAUUCAAAUUGAAUGUAAAUAGGUAUGUCAUUUUAUAAACCACACAGAAUUUUAAAAGUAUUAGUUCCAAGUCUGGACCUGUUUUUACCUGUUUCAUGUACGUGAUUGUAUUUACAUUUGUGUUGAUCAGGUACGGAGACUCACUAUUGUAUCUGUUGUAACUACUAGACUGAGCCACAGAUAUUAUCAGAAAGCUAUAUUUUUUGUGUUCCCAGUUAUUGUCAUGUGUCUGUUUUGUCUGUGAAUGCCCGAGAGGCAGAAAUAACCACUGUAAUCGAAAAAAACCAAACCAAUAAAAUGAAAGUUGAAUGUU